AUGUGUUAUCUUCUUUCAAGUAUGAAGGAUAAGGGGAAAAUGGUUGUUUGACACUACCUGUGCCUAACCCAUCAAACAAGUUCCUCUUCACCACUCCUAAAACUAUUACAACUUCAAAUGACAAAUGUUUGAUGCAAAUUAUGAGUGUGAAUAACACGCUUGGCCAAUUUUUUAUAGACAAGGCCCACUGUAUUAACUGCUGGGGGUUUAAUUUCGGCCCAGUUACUCCAGCCUAGGGUCACUAAAGGAUUAUGGUGUACCUAUAGUGGCCCUGAGCACUAGAUAUGUUAUGUAAACAUAUCAGAAUGUCGUAAAAUACUGUUUGGAAGUAAGAUCUUGAAGGAAUUGUUAAUGUUUUAGCCAAUUUUUUAACAGAUUUUGCGCGUGAUAAUAGGACAUUUAAAGAUGGCGUAUUCUAUCACACGAAGAACUGUUAGCUGAAGUUUUGAGAGAAAAUGACGAAGAAUAUGGCAGUUUCGACAACUCCGAAUCAGACGAAGGGGAAGAGGAUGACAUGAUGUGCAGUAGUCCACUCAAGUCUCAUUAGCAUACAACUAAUAGCAGGAGUUUUGCUUUUCCGCCAUUGCAUCCAUCAAGUCGUUCGCAUGUGUUUUAUGGUUCGCCUUUGCUGCCAUAUAAACUAUUCACUUAGGCCUUUAGAUUUCCAAUACCUUAUUAUAUUUGAAUGUCCUCCACUAAACUAUUAUUUCAAAACAGUAUAUUUGUCUGCAGGUUGUCUGAAAUAUUCGUUGUUUUCUGUUGAAUUUUUUUGUCAAAAAUGAAUGAGCCUUUUGAUAGCGUGUGCAAAUAUAGUAUUGAUUGUAAUUGCUUUUUUCGUUAGGAGUUCAUAUCAACUUUAAAUGAUAACAUGGUGCAUCAGCUAUGUGUAGGGGUACUGAGUCGGGGUGUUCAGAGUAUGGAGUAUAUAGACCGUCUUGUGAUCAUGGAGGAUGGUGAUGAUGAUGACAAUGGUGUGAAUAAUUUUGAAGAAAGUGAGGAGACUUCACCUACAGACAGUGGAUGUUCAAAGCCUCCACUCUGGGAACCAGCACCAGACUGGUGCAAAUGCAGACACUGUUAACCUAUGGCUCGAGAGAUUGAGAACAAAUGCUGUGGACAAAGAAAGUGUGACACAACAAAUAGACAUUUUAAAAAACUGUGUCUGCAUCCAGAAGUACUCGAACUGUGCAUUAGAAAUAAGGCAGAUAUUAGGAAUGACCGUGAGGAUACCAGUACAUCUUCCUUCCGCAAAGCUGCUAACAGACAAUUUAGCUUCUAAA